AUGGAGGAACCAGUUUCCUAUUAUACUAUUGUACCAGACUCUGAUUUCGACAUUGAUAUCGUCAUAACGAAGAUACCGAAACAGAGCCCGGUUUGGAAUUUUGACUGGACAACAGGAGUGACUGUAGCCGCUGCUGCUGGUUGCGGCAUUGCUGCUUCUGUUGGUUUAUUCGCUUAUAACAAGUACAAGAAUCUGAAGAAACAGUUGAAACGGACGGAACAACAAUUCGAAAAGGAGAAUGAAAACGCUUUUGCAGAAAACAGGAAAUUACGAGAGUUGCUGGACGAAAGACAGAUUGCACUCCAAGAGGCUGAAGCAAGGAUGGAUAAACUUGUAGCUGAAAAUGAAGAGGAGAUCCUCAAAAGGGACGAACUGAUAGAAGAACUGAAACUGGAAAAGGAAGAAAUCAAUGACCAGCUUGAGGAAGUUCUUCUACAGAGAGAGGAGAUGGAGACCUUACUUGACGAGGAGCGAGAAAGAGGGAACGAAAAGGACUGGCAUAUCGAAGAAUUAUUAAAUGCAGAAGGAAUUCUGCAACGAGAACAACAGGAGCUGAGUGACGAGCUAGAGAAAGCUCUCCUUCACGGGAAUGAGAUGGAGACUUUACUUGAAGAAGAACGAGAAAGAUGGGCUCAAAAAGACUGUGAAAUCGUAUUAUUGAACAAUUCAAUAUGGAUUCUGAAACGGGACCAACAGGAACUGAACGACAAGCUAGAGAAAGCUCUCCUUCACGGGAAUGAGAUGGAGACUUUACUGGAAGAAGAACGAGAAAGAUGGGCUCAAAAGGACUGUGAAAUUGUAUUAUUAAACAAUUCAAUAUGGAUUCUGAAACGGGACCAACAGGAACUGAACGACAAGCUUGAGAAAGCUCUCAUUCACGGGAAGGAGUUAGAAACUUUACUUGAAGAGGAGCGAGAAAGAGGAACCGAAAAGGACUGUGAAAUCGAAUUAUUAUUAAAUGCAGAAGGAAUUCUGCAACAAGAACAACAGGACCUGAACGACAAGCUUGAGAAAGCUCUCCUUCACGGGAAGGAGAUGGAGACCUUACUUGAAGAGGAACGAGAGCGAGGGACCGAAAAGAACUGUCAUAUCGAAGAAUUAUUAAAUGCAGAACGGAUUCUGCAACGAGAACAACAGGACCUGAGCGACAAGCUAGAGAAAGCUCUCCUUCACGGGAAUGAGAUGGAGACUUUACUUGAAGAGGAACGAGAAAGAUGGGCUCUCAAGGACUGUGAAAUCGUAUUAUUGAACAAUUCAAUAUGGAUUCUGAAACGGGACCAACAGGAACUGAACGACAAGCUAGAAAAAGCUCUCCUUCACGGCAAUGAGAUGGAGACUUUACUGGAAGAGGAACGAGAAAGAGGGGCUCAAAAGGACCGUCAAAUCGAAGACUUAUUAGAUGCAGAGCGAAUUCUGCAAUUACAACAGCAAGAACUGAAUAACAUAAAUGCAAAGGAAAAAGAGAGAUUGUUGGAGGAAAGGAAGGAGGUAGAGAUUCAGCUGAGUAAUUGCUUUAGGCUCAUAGAGGAAAAUGCGGAAAAUUACGAAGGGGAGAUCACAAGAAGGGAAAUUAUGAUAGAAAGUUACCGCAACAAGCUCGAGGUUGCUCUCCAACGCGAGAAGAAUUUGGAGAGCUUGUUGGACGAAGCAAAAGAAAAGGAAAGAAACAAGGAUAGAUAUAUAAGAGAAUUAUCACUCGGAGUUGAGAAGCUGAACAGUGAAAUUCAUAUGUUGGAACAAAAAUUGGCGAGCGCCCGGAAAGAACGUGAGAUGAGAGAUCUUGAGAUGGUGCAAAGAGAAAAAGAACAAAUCGAAAUUAGCUUAUACUGGAAGCAGAAGUUUGAGGAAAGUAAUAACGAAGUGAAGAUCUCGGGACAACGUGAAAAAGACCUCCGAGAAAAAGUGAAGGAUUGCGAGAAAGAACUGGAAAAUGCAGCCAUUCUAGCAAAGUCGUUGGAAAAUAAGGUCAGACUUUUGGAAGAUCAGUUAAAGGAAAACUAUAUAAUAUUGAAGGAUAAAGAGGAAGAGAACAGUGAAAAAGACAGCGAAAUAAAGAGGCUGCUGGAGCAGGAGAGAAAUCUGCAGGCUAACUUAGAAAUUGCUCUGGUCAAGGAACAAGGCUUGAAACGCACGUUACAAUGUGCACAAGAGGAGGUCCUCUCUUUGCAGAAGAAGGAAAGUGAAAACUGGCAGGAAAUUCAACAGCUGCUAGAAGAAUGCGAAAUGUUGAAGGAAAAAUGUCAGUUGCAAGAAGAUUUUAUCCUUAAAGAAGAAAAACGUGUCAGAGAGCAGCGAAGACUACAACAAGAAACCUUGAGAAAUGAAGAUAAAUAUAUGUUGAUGACACUUCUACAUGGAAUUGCCGAGAGGAAUUUCCAUCUUGAACGCAUUGCAGAUGAGCAUGGAAACGAAAAUGAGAGAGACAAGGAGCUGUUUGAUCACAUGCUGAAAAGAAAAGAAGAGCAGUUCUGCAUGGCCCAACAGGAGAAGAACUAUUACUUGAAAGAAUGGGGUGACUUAACCCAGGUGUUGGAAGAUUUAAUAUGUGAAAAUGAAAGAGUGCAACAGUUGGUUGCACCAUCCCCCCGUGUGAGUAUUGGAGAUUGUGCUGGUGAGGGUGGUAAUACUGGGAAGAUCACUGCUAGUGGAUGGAGGCUCCUGAUUGGUUUGCUCCCCAAAGGACAGUUACUGAUGAUACCUCCAGGAAGUCCUACACAUCAGGAGGCAGAAGCCCAGUCUAAAUACCAUGCAAGAGACUCCUUUCCUCUUGGUGUCAGUAUGAAUGGCACUGCCCACCAGCAUCCCUGGUAA